ACUUCCUUGCACCGGCCCUGGGAGCCGGGCUGCUAACUCUGGGGCGCUGCGGCUCUACCUGGCUCCUGAAGUGCAGUUGGAGCCUUUCCCAGACCGGAAGAAGAGUUUUGUGUGGCUCGAUAGCUUGUCUCUCUCGCCAACAGAGGCUGGUGCCCUGACAGAUGUGACCUUGCCCCCACCGUUGUCUAUCUAGCUGCCCGGCUCUUGGCAUGCACAGAUGGCAGUGCAGGGAGAAUCCUACAUGCGGAUAGGCAGGACCCAGAGAAACUACAUUUCCCACAAGACCUGGGGCUUUCCAGGGGGCUGCCCGUUCCUCCCUCAGGUUUUAGGCUCAGGCAGCCCAGCCAGGAGGUGCUGAGAUCCCGAGCGGGUGCUGGGGAGAGGCGGGAGCCGGAGAACAAAGGGAGGGCGGAGUGUGAUCAGCUGCUGGAAAAUACAUUCUGCCCGAGAAGUACUGCAUUUACACCUUUCACCCACCAGAGGACACUGUGGAGCCAGACCAGCCAGCAGUAAACUGGGCUCAUCACAGCACUCUGCCUGCAGAGCCAGGCUACAGAAUAACGUCCACAUUUCACUCCAGAUCACCCCCUCCUCCCAGGGGGAAGGAAAUGGCUGCAAUGGAGCUGGCUCAGGGUUUCCAGUUUCCAAACCUGAUAUGAUAUUCCAGAUGGAACGAGGGGAAGAGCCGUGGGUCCCAGACAUCCAGCGCUCUGAGAAAGAAGUGCUCCCGAGAGCUACCUUCACAGGGAUUGACCUAUGUCUGAAUUCUCCCUGUCUCCCAUCAGGUGAUGGGAUGGUGAGUGAGAAUGAGGAGGAGAAACCCCAGCAGGAAGAUGCUGAGCAAGUAGAACAACAUGGAACAUUAUCAGGAAGAUCCAAAGGGAAUGUUUCCGGGAGUUGUGAACUCCCAGAAAAAGCAAAAACCUGGGAGAGUCAGCACAGGCCAGAGGAAAAUUUCAGUAGCCACUCAGACCUUACUGGAAAUGAGAGAAUCAACUUGGAAGAGGCACGCUAUGCAUGCCAAGAGUGUGGGAAAAGCUUCAAUCACCGCUCUGCCUUUAUAACACACUAUAGAAUCCACUCUGGAGAAAGACCCUACACAUGCUCUGAGUGUGCCAAAAGCUUCAGUCAUAGCUCAACCCUUAUUAGACAUCAGAGAAUUCACACUGGAGAGACACCUUACACAUGCUCUGAGUGUGGGAAAAGCUUCAAUCACAGAUCAGCCCUUAUGACACAUCAGAGAAUUCACACAGGAGAGAAACCCUACACAUGCCCUGGGUGUGAGAAAAGCUUCCGGCAUAGCUCAGCCCUCAUCACACAUCAGAGAAUCCACACUGGAGAGAGACCCUACACAUGCCUUGAGUGUGGCAAAAGCUUCAGUGAUAGCUCAGGCCUUAUCACACAUCAGAGAAUCCACACUGGUGUGACACCCUACACAUGCCCUGAGUGUGGGAAAAGCUUCAGUCGGAGCUCAGCCGUUAUCACGCAUCAGAGAAUCCACACUGGCGAGACACCUUACACAUGCACAGAGUGUGGGAAAAGCUUCAGUCAGAACUCAACCCUUCUUAGACAUCAGAAAAUCCACACUGGAGAGACACCCUACACGUGCCCUGAAUGUGGGAAAAGAUUCAGUCGGAGCUCAUACCUUAUCACACAUCAGAGAAUUCACACUGGAGAGACGCCCUACACAUGCUCUGAGUGUGAGAAAAGCUUCAGUCAGAGGUCAAACCUUAUUAGACAUCAAAAAAUCCACAUGGGAGAGACACCCUACGCAUGCCCUGAGUGUGGGAAAAGCUUCAAUCAGAGGUCAAACCUUAUUAGACAUCAGAGAAUUCACAUGGGAGAGAACUGUAACAAAUGUCUUGAUUAGGGCUGUGCAAAGAUUUUUAAAAAAAAUCACAUUUGCUAAUUCUCACAUAGUGUUCUGUGCACCAUCUUCACUGUAGUCUCUCAGGUCCACCAGAUGAGUUGCCUGCUUCUGCCUUUGCAUCUCACCUUCUUUGGGGUCAGUCCUCUGAUCUUUUCUAUCAACUGCUUUCCUUUUGAGUCAUAGGAGUGUGUGUCCCUCAGCCAGAAAUGUUCAUCAGCUCCAGGUGGGAGAGAGAGGUUAGAUCCCAACAAGCUACACUGAGGCAAAAACUACCUGUGCCUUACAUCCACUAGGACUGUACAUGGCAUUGGCUGCUCAAGUUAGUGAUCUUGGUGUAAAAAGACAAUUAUAUUUGUAGAGCAGAUGCAGUGGUUGGCAUUAGCUCUCCCCUUGACCUGACCUAAGCUCCAUAAAUUUUUCCUACUCUAAGCGCAUUUUGAGCAUCACAGUUCUACUCUUACCCCAUUUCAAAGCAAUUGUCUAUUUCCCCCUUA